AUCUAACAGCUGAUGAUUUGAAAUGUGGUGUCUUGUUUUAAGCAUUAUUUGUCAAACUUUCAACUAAACAAUUUUAUGCUAUCUGUAAUGGAGAAAACUGUGAAUAAAGUCACAAUAGAUGUAGUAAGCAGUGAUGUUUUGAUCAUUAUAUUCGAUUAUCUGAAUGCAGAUGAUUUAAAAAACGCAUUGCUUGUUUGUAAAAAUUGGUAUGAAGUUAUUGUCAGCUAUGCCUCAACAAUGAGUAAACUACCUUUGGUUUUUAAACAUUGGAUAGUUGAUGGCAAGCCUGAACGCAAUGAUAUUCUGAACUUCAAUCGUAAUUUUCACACAAUCAUCGUGAGUAACACAAAAUUUAAUGAUGCCUUGGUAGAAAACAUAGUAAGACACUGCGGUCGCACACAAUACUUUCUGAUGAAAAGAGUGAUAAUGACACAAGAUCAAUUUACGGAAAUAUACAAUUCUAUGAAAUUUUGCAAGAAUCUAACAAUACGUAAGAGCUCUGCAAUUGGAGAUCUUAGCUUAACACCAUCAGGUCCCACAUUUUUGAAAACUUUGACAUUGAAGGCAAGCGAUUGGGAUUUCAUGGAAAUUUUAACAGCUUCAGGAGUUCAAGUUAAUGAGUUAAAAAUAAUGGACAGCUUCGAUAUUCCUUUCUUAGCACCUCUCGGUACAGAAGUAUUUGAAAAUUUUCUGACAAGUCAAACGCGUUUGGAAGUUUUAGUAUUUUAUGUUGAGCACUCUGAAAUGUUUCAAUUUAUCAACAAUUACAAUCCCCAUAAUCAUUUAAAAAAGCUGGCAGUUUAUUGUUUUGGGGCAGGACGAAAUUUCGUGAAACAAUUUCUUAUGCUAUUGAAGGCGCACAAAUCAGCGCUUGAAGAGUUGGAAAUCGAUCAUAUAUUAAAUGAUGACAUUCUUAGAUUUAUUAUCAACGAGAUGAAACUCAAGAGAUUGAAAACUUGUUAUGGACAUGUUUCUCAGUGGUUCUGUUCUGAACCCGACGUUGAUCAAGACAACAUCCAUUUAAAAUCUCUUGAUUACAUAUUCCAUCGUUAUUAUGAUGUUCGUGAUGAUUUUGUUGAAAUGGGCCUUGUUAAAUACUUUCCAGCUAUAGAAAAGUUAACUUUAUGCUGCCCUCGAAGAGAUGUCGAACAAUGUCUAACAUUCGUAGCACAAAAUUGUAUCUGGCUAAAUCAUUUGGAGAUUUUUAGAUUUUAUAACUUUAUGUCAGAACUUACAUUUCCAUGUCUUCAAACUCUCUGUAUUCAAGAAAUAGGAAACGUGAUCGAAUACAAUUGGAAAAGCUUCUUUUUAAACAAUUAUACAAUUAAAAAUCUUCAAUUAGGCAAAGUCUCAGCAUCUAAUGUGGGAUUGUUGACGUUCCAAAGUGAAGACCAUCUGAUCAUGAGAAUGCCAAUCGAUCUUAAAUAUUUGAAGUUUCAAAUUCAAUUUCAACUAACAUGGGACAUAUUGGAAAGAAUGUGUUUAACUUUCCCAAAUUUAGAAGAGUUGAUUUUACUUUAUAAUGAAGGAAAAUUCAAUCAAAAUCAUAUCAUUAACUUCACAAAUUUCAAAAUAACUUGCCACAAAUGGUCAAAAAGCAAAAGUUUUUGUAAACGGAAAGUAUCAAUUUUUCUACCAGAAAUAGAGGAUGGAUCAGAUGAAGAUUCUAAAGAAUGUGAGGAUUUACAAAAGAGAAGAAGGAUGUGGUAGAAGUGAACACCUUCAAAACUCGGAGCUAGACUCAGAAAAUUUUCAAGGAAACUAACUAAAUGCUGUAAACAUUCUUUAAUACAUAAAAUGGAAAUGAACAUUCAAUU